UUACUCUUUAGGCCAAGACUAAAAAUCCAGGAUAAAAAGAAGUCACCGACCCAACCCAACCCAACUUCAAGCCGUACCCUUUGUUGCUUUCCUUCAUUCACUUUCUUCUGCACCAGGUUCCCUCCUCCCUCUCUCUCUCUCUCUCUCUCUCUCUCUGUGAUUGAUCUUUGAGAUCGAUCAUCCAUUUGCUUUUUAAUCACGAUCUUCAGUCACCUUCUUCCAGAUUCCAGUUCGUACCUGUGUGGAGGAGCAUCAGAUUUGAUUCGCCAAAAGCUUCUCAGCAAUUUCCCGUUUACUGCAUCCAAUUAUUGGAAGUCUUGGUUUUCUAUUAUAUUGAUGGCCACCCCAAGUAAAUCAGCACCAAUAAUGUCUUCAGACUCCUUCGAACAGAAUGGGAAAAUUAUUGAAUCAAAUGCAAACAUGCUUCAAUGUCCUAUAAACCAGCAACACCGUAACUCCUUAGAUGGCCCUGUAGCUAUCCUUUGGGAUAUUGAAAAUUGUCCUGUUCCAAGUGAUGUACGUCCUGAAGAUGUAGCAGGUAAUAUAAGAAUGGCUUUGCGGGUGCACCCAGUAAUUACAGGAGCUGUUAUGUUGUUUUCUGCUUAUGGGGACUUCAAUGCUUUCCCUAGGCGACUUAGAGAGGGCUGUCAGCGAACUGGUGUUAAACUCAUUGAUGUUCCCAAUGGGAGAAAAGAUGCUGCUGACAAAGCUAUCUUGGUUGACAUGUUCUUAUUUGCUCUUGACAACCCUCCACCAUCCUCUAUCAUGCUAAUAUCUGGAGAUGUUGAUUUUGCCCCUGCGCUUCACAUUCUUGGUCAGCGGGGAUAUACAAUAAUUCUUGUCAUCCCCGCUGGGGUGGGUGUUUCAUCUGCGUUAUGCAAUGCUGGUAAAUUUGUCUGGGACUGGCCUAGCGUGUCUCGUGGAGAAGGCUUUGUUCCUCCCUCUAGGGGUUUAUUUCCACCCCGUGGAGGUCCAAUGGAGCUUGCUGGAUAUUUCACGGGGUACCAUAUCAACGAAAACUCUGAAGGAGGACAAAAUGAAGAAGAAGCAAUAGUUUAUAGAGGGAUGUCACAGAGCUAUUAUAACUCGAGGGAAUUCUCGCUUGUGUCACAGUCUCUAUCUGAAUACAACACAGCAAACAUGCAGUGCUUGCCGGGAACUCUGAGAUCGUAUAGCCUUCCAUCAGGAAUAAAUGAUGUUGCAGGAGGAGCUAUGCCUUCUAGUGACCAUACUGAAGACCCGAUAUGGGUGCAACCUGGGGAUUUAAAUGGUCUCAAGGGUCAGAUGGUAAGGUUGCUCGAACUUUUUGGAGGAUACCUGCCUCUGACCCGAGUUCCAGCAGAGUACCAGAAAAUUUAUGGGAGACCUCUUUAUAUAUCUGAAUACGGAGCAAUGAAGUUGGUCAAUCUUUUCAAGAAGAUGGGCGAUACCAUGGCUGUGGAAGGAAAAGGGCAAAGAAAAUUUGUGUAUCUCAGGAACUGGAAGACCAGCCCAAGUGCUCCUCCACUGUCUCUUGCAAAGAAAGAUAAGAAAGGAAAAGGGGCGCAGGAAGAGAAUGCAAACGUUGUCACUGGUGGCUGCUCUUCUGAUGAGUUCUCAGAUGAAGAAAGAGUAGUCGUUGAAGAACACGAUGGGAGAAGUUGCAGAGGGAAAGGUAACCAGGCGAGAGAAUCCAGUUUUGAAAUUGAUGAUCGUAUUCUUGAGCAGUUCAAGUGCGAGCUGCAAGAGAUCCUAGUCAGUUAUUCUUGUCGAAUAUCCUUUGAUUGUUUCGAGGAUAUAUACAAGCAACGGUACAAGAAAAAACUGGAGUAUCAGAGAUUUGGGGUGGACAAGUUAGAGGAUUUGUUGCAGGAAGUGAGUGAUGUGGCAGUAUUGCACGAGGAACCCGUAAGCAAGAAGAAGUUUCUGGCCGCCGUGGGUGGUUAGAAAACUUGUGCAAGAGAGUGUUGUUUGUUUUAACCUUUCUGGCAUUUAUAACUUAAAUGUUUACCACGAAUGGUCAGCAAACACAUGAUCUCCCUUGCAAGCUCUUCGAUUUCAGUUUCUUUAUGCCUCUGUAGUCUUGUAAAUUUUAUAUGCUGGGCGCACGUGUUUUUUUAUAGUCACUGUCCUGCAUUUAUUUGAAUCUUUUGUAAAAUGUCUGUGUUGCUUAUUUCCAGUAUCUGCAACAGAUUACUUAUAAAAGUUGGGAGAAUAUUUAAAAUUAGUAGCCUUUCUACUUC